GUGUUAAAAGAUCAUAUACAGAAAUGAUAAGUGGUUUGCCAGCACCAUCGACUCUUGGAAUUCCUAAAGAAUGGUUUAAGCAUCAGAAAUUUAAUCCUAUCGAUAAAUAUAUCUGUCUUAAUCAUCGUCCACUAGAGGCUUCCAGCACUAUACCUGUUAGCUUAUAUAGUUCUAUUUUUGGUAAAUUUAAGGAAUUUUGUAUGGAAAAUCCAGAAAGGGAAGACAAUCAAUUUACCUAUGAUAUUUGUUAUGCAAUGGCCAAAUAUUAUGAUAAAGAAGAAAAACGCCAAAAUAAGGCAAAUGAAAUGCUAGAAAAAUAUCUCAGUUAUCCGGUGAAGUUACUUACGAUUAAAUGCAAAGAUUCUGAUGAUAAUUUAAAGGAUGCAUGUACCGACGGCACUGUGUCCUUUUCUAAGCACCAUGUAGCUAACUUGGAGUAUAAAAGUAAUGACUGUUGCUCCAAUACUUCUCCUUAUUUAGAAAAUUGUAUUAAAACUUUUGGCCAAGUUCUAAACUAA